AUGUGCAUGCGAGCAGCAUGCAACAUUCUCCGAAUUGGCUGGUACUGGGAUGAUGAAAUGGGAUGUGGGGAAUUCAGGUGGUGUAGCUUCACGAUUCACUGCUAUGGCAGCGGUAUAUUUAUUCUCGUGUUUCCCUCCACUUGCUUUGACUUCCUUAGUCGCACUUUUACGACCACUCUCUUCACCUGCUGUGAUCGAUCAACUUCGCAAUCAUGGGUAAGUUCCCUUUUCAUUGAUCUUGUUCACCUUCAUCUUGACAUUGGUGAUAUUCUUUACUGACAAUUAGCAAUAGUUGCACAAGAAAAUAUCACAGCCGACAUCCAAGGUGCCAUGCUGGGCAGUGACAAUGUUCUGGAUAUGGACCACAAAGGAUCCCUAGUCCACACAGUCUCACGAGAACGUCAUCCCAAUAUCGGAAUAGAGACGGAAGCCGCAAUAGUUCAUGCAGAAGGUCAUGGACACGAUCAUAUCGAUCCGGAUUUAAUUCCUACUGAGGAAGAGAAAAAGACCCUUCGAAAAGUUGCUGGAAAGCUUCCUACUAUCACCUACCUAAUCUGUGCUGUAGAGUUUGCUGAGCGAGCGUCUUACUAGUAUGUACCAUCACCCUGAUCGCGUCAUUUGCAAUUUCAAUUUUAAAUUAGCUAACACAUAAUUCACUUGUAGUGGUUGCAAUGGUCUCUUCAACAACUACGUCAACAGACCCCUUCCCGUCGGCGGUGAUGGGUAUGGUGCACCACCACGUGGAACAGAACAAACUGCGGGAGCCCUAGGUCUCGGCACGGUCAAAGCUACAGCCACAUCUCAAUCAUUCUCUAUGCUUGCAUAUGCACUUCCAUUGUUCUUUGGAUGGCUCGCAGAUACCAAAACCGGUAGAUUCAAGAUCAUUUGCUGGGGUGUAGCAGUAUGUGGUAUUGCUCAUAUUCUCAUGUGUGCAAGUGGUGCUCCUAGUCUGUUGGCGAGUGGAGGUGCCAAGGCUCCUUUCUUUUUGAGUGUUUAUACUUUGUCUAUUGGUGCUGGUAAGUUGCCUAUUCCUCGGAAAAUUGAGCCAUCAUAAUUAACCUUCUGGCAGCUAUGUUCAAACCUAACAUCGCACCAACGCUUCUCGAUCAAAUGCCAAACGCAGUACCCGUCAAGAAGACCCUCGCAUCUGGUGAAGUCGUCAUCGUUGAUCCCGAAUCCACCACCGAACGUGUCAUGCUUUGGUUUUACCUUCUCGUCAAUAUUGGUGGAUUCAUGGGUGUCCCAACUGCAUAUACUGAAAAAUACAUCGGCUGGUGGUUGUCCUUCCUCCUUCCACUUCUCCUCUAUGUUCCUCUUCCAUUCCUCCUUUGGUACAUGCGCAAACGUCUCAUCCUCUACCCACCAGGAGGAUCUGAUCUCGCAAACGUUUGCCGUGUUGUCGGUAUCUGCUUCAAGAGAGGUGGUUUGAGAAAGAUCUUUACUCGUAAGGGAGGAUUCUUCGAACCAGCUAAGCCAUCCAACAUCGCCAAAUCUGGCAACGUUAUUCAAGUGCCAUGGAAUGAUGGAUUUAUCGAAGAUGUAAAGCGAACUUUUGAAGCAGCCGGAAUCUUCUGUUUCUUCCCUAUUCAAAAUAUCAACGAUAACGGUCUCGGUAGCUCUGCUAGUGCCCUUUCCACCAUGUUGACUACACGUGGUGCCCCCAACGAUGUUAUGAACAACUUCAACUCUCUCUCCAUUAUUAUGGUCGCUCCAAUGCUCAACUAUGGUCUCUAUCCUUUCUUGAGAGCCCGCAACAUUCACUAUGGACCAAUCGCUAGAAUGACUACUGGAUUCUUCCUUUCCACUCUCGGAGGCGCCGCCUAUACCGUCCUCAACUACUACGCAUACAAGAUCGGGCCUUGCGGGAAGCAUGGAUCUUCCGAGUCCUGUGUUGAUGCCAAUGGUGUCUCCCUCGUUUCCUCCAUUUCAGUCUGGUACAUGGCCAUCCCUUACGCCAUCGGUGGUAUUUCCGAACUCUUCGUCAACGUUCCUGCCUACGGUAUUGCAUACUCCAGAGCUCCUGCCAACAUGAGAGGUCUCGUAUCUGCUCUUAAUUUAUUCACUCAAGCUAUUGCCUAUGCCCUUGGUCUUGCAUGUGCUGGUGUUAUCAAGGAUCCAUAUCUCACUUGGGAUUUUGGUGCGCCAACUAUCAUCGGUGCCAUUAUGAUGGUUAUUUUCUACUGGCUCUAUAGAGACAUCGAUAAGGAAGAAUAUACACUCAGUCAAAAUGAUGAACAGAUGCAUGUCGCAGAUGCACCAAUCGAUGGACAAAGCACUAGUGAGAAGACAUCUCCACCUUCUUAUGAAGGCGAAAAGCGUGGUAUCAGGGAUACGAAAACUGAGCUUGAAGGAUAGAAAGCGAAAAAGUUUAAUGGUGAUGGCGGAGUAGGGGGUUUUGGUUUUGGGAUUGCGAAUGGUGUGAUGAUGAUUUCUAUGAUACCGUAUGACAGGAUGAUAUUUUGGUUGCGUGAUGGGCUCAGAAAAGCUAGAUGCUAGCGAGCUAUCGCUAGAUAAUUACUUAAU